AUUAAGUUGUGCAAAGCAGAUUACAGCCGCCGCCAGAGUCUCUGCAGAGCUAGCUGGGCUUGGCUUGGAUGGAGUGGGAUUGGAUGGGGAGGGGUCUCAGCUGCUGAGAUUUAGCCCCACACUAGGAAUGGGUGGUUUGAGCAGCCCUGUUCCAGAGAGCAUCAGCCGGCAGAUUCCCUCCACUGAAGGCAGAGCGGAAUUGGAGCAAAGUUCUUCUUGGGGGACCAGUCAGAAGGAGGGGAGCGUGUUGGCACUUCUGAACACAUAGGAAACAGAGGCAGGCAGAUAGCGAAAGCGACUCCUCCUUAGAUCUCCUAGAUGCAUGGUCCAUGAAUCUGUGCUGGAAUUUCUGGCCUUUAUGAACAGGGAUGAUUGUUUCAGAAUGGCGAUGACCCGCUGAAAGAACACCAGCCUUUUCCACCACUGAGGCUCUGGCGUGGGAGGUGACGUUUGCAGCUGGAGAAAUGCAUUUGUGCCCACGUCCCAACCUCAGGAACGAAACAGCAGCUUUCCUAGAUCCCCAGCCUGGAAUCGGAGCUCACGGCAAGACCUUUCAAACAAAAUCAGCAAGAUUGGCUGGAUUGUGAAGGCUGCUUUUGGAGCCGUUCAUUUUAGACUUGGGAGAAUUGGUGAGCCGGGGGGGCCUACUCAAAGCAGCGUGUUUUGCUAACUGGAUGGAGACUGGGAAAGGGCAUUUGCCCAAGAAACUUCCCAUGAAGCAACGCUGCCAGCUGGAGUCCAGGCAGGAGACAAAGCUGUUACCUUUCCCUGGGUUCUUGGUUCUGCUCCUGCUGCUCCUGCUUCUGGCUUUGCCAUCCUUUGCCCAUCCCGGACCCACUCCCACCGAUGAGAGCGGAGAGAUUGUGGAGUGGCUGACCCAGUAUGGAUACCUUCCUCCAGCGGAUCCCGUAACAGGCCAGUUGCAGACUUGGGAGGCAGUGACCAGUGCAAUCCGUGUAAUGCAACGUUUUGCAGGCAUUGCGGAGACUGGGAUUCCAGAUGAUGCCACGUUGGCUCUGAUCCGAACGCCCCGCUGUUCGCUUCCCGACGUUAUCAGCACCUUCCCAGAAAAGCUUCCUCUGCAGAGGAGCAGGAGCAGGAAAAGGCGGAAGAGAAGGAAGAGUCGGAGCAAGCGGAGCGCAGGCUCGGUUUGGACGAAGCGGAACAUUUCCUGGAGAGUGAAGACCUACCCACGGGAAGCCCGCCUCAGCCGAGAGACCAUGCGCGUAUUGAUGUAUUACGCCUUGAAGGUAUGGAGUGAAGCUACACCCUUGAACUUUCACGAGGUGGGCAGCCACACGGCUGACAUAUUUGUGGAGUUCCUCCGCCUGGACCACCGCGAUGGCUACCCUUUCGACGGGCCAGGUGGAAUGGUCGCUCAUGCCUUCUUUCCUGGAGACCCUCAGAGGGCUGGCAACGUCCACUUUGAUGGCGACGAGGAAUGGACGUUCCGUUCACCAGAUGACUUUGGCACCGACCUUUUUGCUGUGGCAGUUCACGAGUUUGGCCAUAGCCUUGGACUGGCACAUUCACCCUCCAAGCAUUCGAUCAUGCGCCCCUACUACCAGGGACCAGUGGGAGACCCACUGCAAUACCAGCUGCAAACGGAUGACCGGACUGAGAUACAGAAGCUUUAUGGAAGUCGAGUUCUUCAUUCUACAGAGAAGCCAGAGGUAACCUCGCUGCUCCCAGAUCUUCUCUCCUUGCCGCAUGACUUCCCUGCCCUCAGGUCUGGGAAGGAAUUCCCCGAUCGCUGCGCUGCCAACAUUGACGCUGUCACUCAGAUCAGAGGUGAAACGUUCUUUUUCAAAGGUCAGUACUUCUGGCGCCUGACUCAAGGUCGUCACCUCACUUCUCUGCGCCCAGCCUUGAUCAGCGGCUUCUGGCGAGGCCUCCCUUCCACGCUGCGCAAAGUAGACGCCGUUUAUGAGAGACACAUAGAUCAUCGCAUCCUCUUCUUCAGCGGACCUCUGUACUGGGUCUUUAAGGACAACGGUGUGGAAGAGGGCUACCCCCGCCCUGUCACAGACUUUGGGCUGCCCCAGGGGGGCAUCGAUGGUGCUUUCUCGUGGCCUGUUGACAGGAAAACCUAUUUCUUCAAGGGAGAUCUGCACUGGUGCUAUGAUGAAGCCACAGCGCACAUGGAAGAAGAAUUCCCCGUCCACAGAGAACCCUGGGAACACUUCCCCGCCUCUGUAGAUGCUGUGCUGAGUGAGAACGAUGGAACACUGUAUGCCUUUAAGGGCAGGGAGUACUGGAAGUUUGAGCCACACAACCUCAAGCCCCAGACUGGCUACCCUCGAUCCAUAGCUAAGGACUGGCUGGAUUGCACAGGAGAACUGUACCCUCCCCGGAGCCUGCCUACCAGCCCUGCAUCAGGAGCCGAACACCGGCCGGAUUUGCGGGGUCCACAGCUCGAGGUGGAACGAUGUGUGUGCUUUUGCUCUGCCUUUCGUGUGAUGUCGUGGGGCUUGCUCAGCUGCCUGGCGGUGGCUCUCCUGGCACUGCAAGGAUUUGCCUAGGAAGGACACAGAACCUUGCCUGGCCAUCACUUUGCUCCACACGGAUCCUCGGCAGCACCAACCCCAAUUGCCACAUUGCACGUCCGUGGGAGGGAAGGAAAAGAAUAGGAAGAAAGAGGGAAAAGGGAGAGACAUCCCCAGCAAAGCACUAUGCGGGGAAGCAACUUGGAUGCAAGGAUGAGAUUGCAGUCCUUCAGUGAUAGGGGCAGUGGCUCUGCCUAUGGUUAAAGGAAAUUCUUCAAACAGGAAUCCUUUGGUGCAAAUGCAACAGGAAAGGGGACACAGUGCAAAAGGUUUUUCAGGAUCCAGGAGUGUCCUAUGUGGAACGCCUCCAGUGUUGACAUCUGUCUGUCUCAAGAGACAGCGGAGUGAGCUUCCAGGGUGAAGUCAAACCUCUAUGUUAGCAGCACCAAAGUGACCUCCCUAGGGCACAAGUCAGGGCAGUAUGUAUGGAGGUCCUGGGCUGUCCCAGACGAGAAGGCCCCACCCCAGCCUAGCUGAUGUGGUCCAAAGGAAAGCAGAGCAAUAUGUUGGGCACCAGUUUGGCUGCAGGAGUUGCCGAAAGGAGGCAUGUGAGACGCCAUGCAGCUGUCUUUGGGACUUCACUCUGUAUUUGUGUAGGGUUUACUCUUGAGCCUUUUUUUCCCUCCCAAAGGUGUCCCCCAAGGCAGUGGAGUUUUAGGACCAGAGUUCUCCUAGAUGGGCUACCUUCCCAGGUUGACAAGCCCCAGGUUGACCCCUAUAGACUGUCAAUAUUUUGCUGGGGGCGGGGAUUCAAGAGCCUAACUGGGAAAUUUAAGUUUGCUCAAUUAAACUGGAUUAAACUGUUCUGUUGCCUGUCUGCAACAUAUCCGCUUUAAAACAACACAUCAAAACAGACUUUUUGCCGUUUGGAAAGCGGUUGGGAAAGCAGGGUGAAAAUAUGAUUAAUGGGAAGACUUUUAAACACCCCGUGAGCAAAAUGGGGUGAAUACAGGGCGAAUGCUUAUUGACAUAUUAAAGCCCCAUAAACAAAUAAGAAUGAAUACUCAAUAAAGAUUGGCUAUAGAAGCUUUGUGAAAGCAAACCAGGUUGUGUGGAGGAGCCCUCAGAGCUAGAAGAUGACCACCCCUAGCUAGUCUUUCGUAGAAUGUUUUUGUACGUCAAAAGGCAAAAAGGUGGCCUCCUUCUGUGAUGAUGCCUUCACCCCCCAAGCGCUUCACUGUGAGCCACUGGCACCAGGGACAGAAUUUGUUGUUUUGGAAAGGAAACCAUGAGUCACUUUUCACUCCAAGGAGCAGCUCGUUGGCAGCCUCUUCCUGUGGUUGGGCCAUUAGCACAGCUGUGGAAUGAUUCAGAACCACUUGCUGGGCGUCUGCCGGGCUGACUGACAAAGCGUCAUUGUAGGCUGAAAACCACAGGGACUCUGUUGAAAAGAAUAGGGCUGCCUAAGGCGAGGAGGGGUGAGGGGAGUGUGUGUGCAGGAUCUGCUGUUUUUGAAACAGGAAUCCCGAAGGGAGGGAAGGCCAUUCAGCACCCGAGUCACCAGGCAUUCCAGACUCUGUUGUAAAUUGAGACUUUUAAGAGCCACUUUUAAGAGG